CAAAAGUCAACUCUCUCUCUCUCUCUAUCUAUAUUGUCUCUUCAUCUUCUUCAGGUUCUUCAUUUGUCUCCAGCAUCAAGAAACAAAGCUAUUCACAGGAACUGGAUACGACUAUCUCCUUCUAUGAACGACGCCGUUUAAGGAGCUUCCACUGCCUUCAAAUGGGAAAUGGAGUUACAAGUUUGAGCGGGUGUUGCGCGGGAACAACCGCCGGGGAAAUCUCCCGGCGAUACGACGUCGCUUUGAUCCACGACGGACUAGGCCACUCCUUCUGCUACGUCCGACCCGAUUUCGCCGGGUCGCCUUCCCCGGAGCCCCACCGACCCGACCCGGUAAUCAAAACCACCACUUUCCGCACGAUCUCCGGUGCUUCCGUGAGCGCCAACCCCUCCACGGCUCUGUCGACGUCAUCAGUCUCUCCGGUGACGGUGAUGGCGGACGUUUCGUCUCCGUACAGCUCCGCCGCCUUCGAGAGCUCCGACAGCUUCGCUUCCCUUCCUCUCCAGCCGAUGCCUCGCGGCGCAACGUGGCAGUCCGACCCGGUUAACCCACCCGGGACAGGAUCCGGCCCGAUCGAGCGGAGGUUCCUGUCGGGUCCGAUCGAGAGCGGGUUGUUCUCAGGUCCGAUCGAGAAGAAGGAGACAGAGAAACCUAAGAAGACGAGCAGCCGGACGAUGACGAAGAAGAAGAAUAAAUUAUCAUCGAAGCCCAAAUCGAAUAAGCGAUUUAUCGUGUUUAAGAGCAUUUUCAUGAACUUGAUUUCCAACAAGAUCUCGCGAUCGAAGAAGAGCGUGAUCGAGCCGAUCAGCGGUUCUGAUUCCGUCAACGAGUCAGAAUCCGACCAAAAUCCCGACAAUCAGACACAGUCUAACUUCUCGAACACUAACCUGAGCAGCCACGAAAGCACUAACACCGACGAGGAAGAAGAAGAAGAAAACAUCGAGUCUGCUCUAAAGGGCCAAAACGUUCAAUGGGCACAGGGGAAAGCAGGGGAGGAUCGAGUACACGUCGUCGUUUCGGAGGAAAACGGUUGGCUUUUCGUCGGGAUCUACGACGGAUUCAACGGUCCUGAUGCUCCGGAUUAUCUACUCAGCAAUCUGUAUACUGCAGUGCACAAUGAGCUCAAAGGGUUGCUCUGGAAUGACAGGUUUGACUCCAAUGGCGAAAAUUUGAGUUCGUCUGGUGAAAACGGUAAAACCCAGAUGAGGGAAUCGGGUAAGGUAGAGUAUGAUCCAGAUUCAGGCAAAGAGAAUUGCCCGAUGAAGAACGGGGACACUGUUGCUUGUGAUGCAAGAAAGCAAGGAGGGAGGAGGAGUGUGAAGAAGUUACAGUGGAGGUGCGAGUGGGAGGAACACAGCUCGAGCAACAAGAGCAAUGGUGGUGAGAGUGAGAGCAAUGGCUGCUGCUAUAAUCAGAAAGGUUCAGACCUGGUGAUAAACCACAAGGACGUUCUGAAAGCUCUUCUUCAGGCGCUGGGGAAAACAGAGGAAUCCUACUUGGAGAUAACUGAUCAGAUGGUGAAGGAGAAUCCUGAAUUGGCAUUGAUGGGUUCGUGUGUCCUGGUGAUGUUAAUGAAAGGAGAAGAUGUUUACGUUAUGAACGUUGGAGACAGCCGGACAAUUCUGGCUCAGAGGCCUUGUUUCGGUGCCGGGUUUGGGAGAAAAAAACGUCAAGAACUGGAGAGAAUCAAGGAAGAGAGUUCGCUUGAUGAUCAAGUAACAGACAGAAGCGAAACGUUCUUUAGUGGGUUGCCCAGUUCAGUUCCAGUUCAGCUCACCAUGGAACACAGCACAAGAGUUGAAGAGGAAGUGGAAAGAAUCAAGAAGGAGCAUCCUGAUGAUCCUUCUGCAGUUGAAAACGACAGAGUCAAAGGUUAUCUGAAGGUCACUCGGGCUUUCGGGGCAGGAUUUCUCAAACAGAGGAAAUGGAACGAUGCACUUCUGGAGAUGUUCAGAAUCGAGUAUGUCGGAAAAGCUCCGUACAUAACAUGCUCGCCGUCCCUGUGUCACCACAAGCUGACGUCACGCGACAAGUUCUUGAUUCUCUCAUCGGACGGACUGUACGAGUACUUCUCCAACGAGGAAGUCAUCUUCGCCGUCGAAUCGUUCAUCGCCGCUUUCCCAGAAGGCGAUCCCGCUCAACACCUCAUCGAAGAAGUCCUCCUCCGCGCCGCCAAGAAAUUCGGAAUGGAUUUUCAUGAACUGUUGGAGAUUCCACAAGGAGAUCGCCGGAGAUACCACGACGACGUGUCUGUGAUCGUGAUCUCUCUCGAAGGAAGAAUCUGGCGAUCGUCGAUGUGAACAUUCGAUUCAAGAUUCCAUCCACUCCGGAAUCUUUUGAGAUUCCCUUUUUUUCCAUGGAUUGAUGACGUAAUAAUACGCUUUUUUUAAUUCUCUCUCA